AUGGAAUACCAGCUUAAAAGGCUCAGUGUGCUUGCUCCAAUGACUGAACUAUCAAAAAAGGACAAGUUUCAAUGGACAUUGGAGUGUCAGGAGGCAUUUGAGAGUUUGAAAACUGCAUUAACUGCAACACCAGUUUUGACAGUACCCGAUUAUGUCAAGCCAUUUAAGUUGGCGGUUGACGCAAGCGAUAUAGGUAUUGGGGCCGUAUUGGGAUUGUCCCCUUCCAGAGAUAUGUCUGAAAAGAAAAUGAAUUAUUCCAAGCUUGAUAUUGUGAAGUGCCCACAACGGAAAUCAGAAAAUGGGAAUAAAAAAAGUGGCACCAUUAAGACUGAAGGCAUCUUGGAUAGCCCCUCGGAAGUCCUGUUAGGUGAACGUUUGUAUCCUAAUUUUGCAAUUAGUAAACCUGUGUCAGAAGAUGGAAUCACCAGCAUACCAAAAAAGAGAAAUUUCAAUUUUUGUGAGCUGGCCAAGGAAUACUUUGCUGAUCGUACCCACCAGUCACAAGUUAAUAGACUGGUUGGAGGCAGCAUCAAUGAGAAAAAUAAAACUGGAUUAUUACAAAAACUGAAUGGAGAAAUCCAGCAAAAUUUUGACAUUGAAGAACGAAGAAUGCAGCAUCAAACAAUUGGCUCUAUCCUGCUGUCUCCAUCUGUAUCAACUGAAGGCAGUAACAGUAAUUUUAAUCUUGAGAAAAUGAUGACCACAUCUUCACCACAGUCUCCAAUUACAAUUUGCAGUUAUUGUGGAUUGCAAGGAUCAAAUCGAUGUUCACAGUGCAAGCAAGUCUAUUGUUCAGUUAAAUGUCAGAAGAUUGACUGGCCAAUGCACAGAUCUAUAUGUAAACCAACAAAACCACUUAGACCUGAGGACCAUCCAAGAUUAACCAAAGAAAAGAUGCGUGUUGAACAUAAUGCGGACUGGCACAAAGAAAGUUGGAGAGAUAUGGAGAAAGGAAUGCAAGCAAAUGGUCAGCAGUGGCCUGUCAAUGACAAGACCAUUGGAGUAGAAAAUGGCAAGUGCAUUAAUGCCAUGAUAAUGGGGAAAAAGAAAAUUCGCUUAUGUGAUCUGAGAUGCACAGAAUUGCCUAAAGGAUCAAACUUGCAGAUUGUUGUCACCGAUUUCAAAGAUCCAAGUGAAUUUUAUGUACAAAUCCUGUCUUCAGAAAGCUUUGAGAUUUUAAGAAAACUUGAAUUAUCAUUGAAGGAGGCCUUCACAAAUGUGAAUAAUGUGGAUGAAUAUCGCCCUGAUAACGGAGAAAUAUGUGCGGCAAAAUUUUCAGAGGAUCAGAAGUGGUAUCGGGCAUUAGUUCGUGAUGUGGAUGUUGUGCAGAAGAAGGCAAAUGUUUUAUACAUUGACUAUGGAAAUAGGGAAACUGUCCCAUUAAACAAGAUUCGGCUACUGGACAUAGAGAUGGCUCUUUCACCACCUUGUGCAAUGAAGUGCUGUGUUGCAAAUGUCUCGGAGCACAAUAAAUGGGAUGAAGAGUGCAUCAGAUCAGUCAGGCUUCAGCUUCUACAGAAGUCUUGCUCUAUGACCAUCUUGGAGAAGCCAAGUAAUGAGUCAUGUUGUCCUGUGGAGAUCAUAAUGCCAUCUGGGCUGUUAUUACAGGAGUACAUUUUAGAAAAAGGGUAUGCUUUAAUUCGAGGAGAUGAAGCUAUCACUGUCAGAAGUCUUGGGCGGGUUGAUCUCAGGACGAAUGAUAAAAGUGCGACAGUGUGUGAAACUGCACAAAAUUCAGUAUUUUCAUCUUAUGUGGAAGAAGUUUCUGUCAUUGUGUCACAUGUAGAAACACCAAGCAACUUCUUCUGUCAGCAGCUAGCUAGUAGAUAUGAGUUUCAACAACUUCAAAAAACAGUGGCUGAAUAUUGCAAUAACAUAACUCCUGCAUCAAGUUUUAGGCCAGCUGUUGGAGAGAUUUGCUGUGCUCGGUUCACAGAAGAUAACCAGUGGUACAGGGCUGCUGUAAUAGAUAAUCUUCCUGAAGAUGCUGCAAUAGUGGGAUACAUAGAUUUUGGAAAUUUUGAGAAGCUCCAUUUCAGCCAGCUCCGUCCAGCUCACGAAGAGUUGUUGGAAUUGCCCAAUCAGGCUUUGAAAUGUGCUUUGGCAGGUGUGAAACCUGUAUCUGAUACCUGGUCCCUGGAUGCAAUAAUAAGGAUGAAAAGCCUGGUGAUGAAUAAAUUUCUGAAAUCCAAGACUGUAGAGAAAAAGGAGAACAUCCUGGUUGUGCAACUUAAAGAUGAAACUGAAAAUCCAAUUAUUAACAUCAAUGAGCAGUUAAUUUCAGAAGGAUUGGCUAUUACAAUAGUGGAAGAACAAAUAAUUCCCACCUUGAAAAGCAGUAAAACUAGAGCAUGUGCAGGAAAAAAUGUAUCUGCAAAGCUGUGGAAGACUGUAGAGCUGCCUUUGAACAGUGUUGUACCCAUUAAGGUGAAAGAAAUAAUAAGCCCUGGCACCUUCUAUGUUCAUAUUAUUGGGACUCAAGCAGAUUUGAAGAAAUUGUACCUGCUGAAUGCAGAGUUGGCUGAACACUGUCGAGCGCAGCCAGUGAGUGUGGUUUUCAGCCCUGAGGUUGGUGAUGCUUGUUGUGCAAGACUUGCAGGUGAUAACACCUGGCACCGUGCAAUUGUACUGAAUUGUUCUGACCUUUCAGUGAAAGUAAUUUGUGCAGAUUAUGGAAUUGUAGAAACUGUACCACUUGAACGGGUUAAGUGUAUUACACCAGAACUUCUGGAUCUUCCAUUUCAAGUUGGAAAGUUUGCACUUUCAGAUGUUGAACCAAAAUUUGAUGCGUGGACUCCUGCAGCCAGCAAUUUACUCAAAACUCUCCUGCUUGAUAAAAAUGUUUUGGCAACAAUCGGAGAGUUUGAUGGAAAUAUCCACACUGUCGAUUUGAUCGGAAAUCUUGACGGUAUCGCUAUUAAAAUAUCUGAUAAGUUGUUCAAGAUCACAGAAGCUGUUGUUGCAAAGAUCUUCAAAAAGCUUGUUCAAACAUACUUUGGGGUGAAUGCAAAAAGGCAAGGAGUCACUGCUAGCAGCCCAAGCCUUCAAUUCAGUGUGAUGGAAGAAAUCAAGCAACAGCUUGCAGUACUCAUGAGCAAAAAUAAGGAACAAGUGUGUAAUAGCAAAGCUGAAGGAUAA